AUGAGUGGUCCUGAUCCCUGGGAUGCCUUGGAUGAUGAAGUUGAUUCCGACUGGGAGGAAGUGCAGGUCGAGCGCAGUGGAGAUGAAGCAGAAGAGGUUGAAGUGUCACCAGAGGAUGAGGAAUACCAGCUUGAAGAAGAGUUCCAAGACCAGCUGCAAGAAGAGUUCGAAGAGCUGCACCACUUGGAGGUGGAGGAAGAAAAAGGAGAAUCAGAUGACGAAAUUGUCCCUGGUCGAGAAUCUGACCUCAAGCUGACAGACGUGCCAGAGGACAUGCGGGAGGCUGUUCAAGGCAGCCUCAGCUUAAAGCGGAUCCUCAACGAGAAGUACGGCAGUUUGGACGAAACUGCCAAGCGAAGGCGCCUUGACAAUGAGGAGCCUGAGAUGGAACCAGAGCGACAACAACUGUUGGAACGCUGGAAGUUGGUGAAAGACCCGGCAGCAAGGUACGUGAUCCAGACAGCCAAUUCUGAUGAUGUGCUGGACGUCAAGAACACGGAAUGGAACCCCAGUUUGAAGGCGGAUAGAAAUCCCUCUUUUGUAUUGACUACAGUGACAUGGCCUUAG